GAAAUAUAUCACGAAGUUUGGACGAUCAAUUAUUGGCUUUUGCUUUGUUUUCGGUACGCGAGAAUAAUUUAGAGGCUGUGUAAGAUAAUUCCGUCAACCUCUAAACUGGUGAGCCCAACCGCGAACUUCAUCCACGAUAAAUCCGCAGAUAACCCCGGUGAGUUCGUUCCAUUUUGUAUUUGUUCUUGUACCAUAUAUUAUUCGACAUAAUUUUCGUCAUGAGUGAUCUUAGUCCCAAGGUCAUCCGUAUCCGCUCAACUCCUAAAACCAUUCAGCUCGUACCAUACUGGCCAGAUAAUGCUGAAACGUGGUUUCUGCUAGCUGAAGCAGAUUUUUGUGAGCAUGGGAUAACCGAUCAACGUUCACAGUUACUUGCAGUUAUUCACGCCCUACCGCGGGAAUUCAGCAAGUACGUAACAUCACAGAUGUUCAGUCCCGAGGUGCGACGGGCACUGGACGGGAAACAAACGAAGCACGGAAUCCAACGAACAACACCAGGAAGCUAUGUACAAACACCCUAUUAGCAUAGGCAGACAAACCAGUAGGCAUACGACUAAGCCGCUCGGAAGAUUUUUUUCACCCGAAAGGGAACCAUCGAGUUUUUUUUACUUCCGGCUGGUUCUGUCUUA